AUGGCUGGCAGCAGCAACUGGACCCAGGUGACGGAGUUUGUUCUUCUGGGUUUCUCCGGGAUCACGCAUGGUCAGACCUACCUGUUCCUGGUGUUCUUGGUGAUCUACUUGGUCACCCUGUUGGGGAACCUCACCAUAGUCGGCCUGAUCCUGCUGGAUCCCCACCUUCAUAGCCCCAUGUACUUCUUCCUCAGCCAUUUGUCUUGCAUGGACGUUUGCUACUCCUCCGUCACUGUCCCCAGCAUUUUGGCCAACCUCCUCCGCCGCCGCCACGCCAUCUCCUACCACCCAUGCCUGGUCCAGAUGUUCUUCCUGAUGGCUUUCUCAGGUUCUGAGUGCUGGCUGUUGGCCGCCAUGGCAUACGAUCGCUAUGCCGCCAUUUGCCAGCCUUUGCGAUACUCGCACCUCAUGAGCCCGCGUGUGUGCGUGCAGCUAGCCACCACCAUCUGGGUCUCAGGGUUCUUGGACUCAGUAGUCCAUGCAGCCUUGGCCUCCAAUUUACACUUCUGUGGGGCCUUCCAGAUCCACCACAUCUUCUGCGACCUCCCGCCGCUGCUGAAAAUCGCCUGCGGGAACAAGAGCCUCAACGAAAUUGUCAUUCAGGUAGCCACCAUCUUUGUGGGCCUGAGCCCGUUCCUGGUAGUCGUCGUCUCCUACGUCUACAUCCUGGCUUCCAUCUUGCGGAUCCGCUCUAACACUGGCCGGCGCAAGGCCUUCUCCACCUGCACCUCCCACAUGAUAGUGGUUGUCCUCUACUUCGGAAAUGGACUGGUGAACUACUACCGCCCCAGCGCCGGCUACUCUCUGGAGAUAGACACCCUGCUCUCCACCAUGUAUUGCAUCAUCACCCCCAUGCUGAACCCCCUCAUCUACAGCCUCCGAAACAAGGAGGUGAAGGGCGCCCUGAGGAAGGUUCUGGAAAGCCAGAGGAAGUUCUGCACUUCCUCUCGCAAGCCGUGA